UGAUAAUCGUACAUUGGACAUUGUAUAGACUUUAAUUGCCUGCCUUUAAAGGUCAUGACACAUCUACAAGUCUUUUGUUAACUGUGACAAUUUAGCGCGAUGACAACGUUUGCGACUCGUUUGUGUGGUUAUUCUGUAUUGGGUGACACAUGCAAAGCUGCUCUAGAUGUCUACAAUUGGGUUAAGAAAAAAGAGUCUGUUGGGUCGAUAGUUCAGACAGCCGAAGAUAAGGCUGUUGCUGUAAUGAAACCAAUAAUUGAAAGUGGAAUCAUUCAAAAGAUUGAUGACAUGGCUUGUCAUCAUGUACUGGAUCGUGCUGAGGCAGCUUAUCUACAAAUAAAGAAUACGUCAAACGAGCAUUUGAUCUUACCUACUGCAAAUUGUGCUCUCAAUAUAGCUGAGACUUGUGCUAACUUAUACCUACCAAAAGAUGAUGAUCCAAAAUUUGCUGCUGGAGGUGACGCCACACCAUCGGAAAGACUGGUUCGAUUGCAACAAAGAGCAUCAACGCGUGCAGAAGUACUGAUACAUUCUGCAGUCUCUCAUGCCAAUUCGCUUUUGUCUACACUUGCUACAUAUGGUAGUAGUCUGAAUCAAACAGUUUCGAAAGCGACCAUCAGAAAUACACUUGCUCAAGCUACAGCUUUGUAUGAGUUAGCCUAUUCUACUGCUAAAACUGUCAGCCUUCCCAUAGCUGCCCGUUGUAUCAGCGUUAUUCUUGGUCGUGUUCGAAAACUCAAUGAACAAAUAAAGGAGUCAAAGGCAAUUAAUUGGAUGGACUUGAAACAAUUAGUGACAGUUCUUGAACAUAUGAAAGAACGCUUAGAUGGUCAUGAAGUAAUAACAGAAAUUGAACUUGAACCAAUUACUGAGAAGUCAGAAACAUCAUUGAAUAAGCUUGUAUUUGUUUGCGUUUAUUAUUUUCAUUUCAUUUUAUACAGGCUUAUUAUUUUCAAAGUAAUUUGCUUGUAUUAUAUUGAAUAUCCCGAAGUCUUGAUUUUAGAACACCGUCAGUGUGUUUCCCCUUAUAUAUGGUGGUUUAACAUCUGAUUCCGAGAUUUUGUCAUUUCCCCCCUUUGUUAAACCGUUGUUUUGCGCUUUCUGAUGUGUAGUUUUGUUAUACUGCAUCAUCCUAUUCAUUGACUAAAGUUAAGGAUUAUCCACUGUACGUAAUGUGUACACAAAGCUGGUUGAUCUUUUUUCAUAGAAAAACAGAUCUUGAUGUGACGAUGAACAAUAAAUUGUGUUCGAAACGUAAUUCAGUAAAUAAUACUGUUUCACUGUGUGAUACAUCUAAUAAACCAGUUUCAAUGGAGUUUAGUUAUAUAAUCUCAGCGACAAAAUGAAAUAUUUGAGUUUAUGCUGAAGUCUAACUUGUUCUUUUCUCAAACCCUUUGAUAAUUAUAACUGAUUUAAAUUUGAGCGAUUGUAAAAACCACCCUCACAACAACCACAUUAAUUAAUUAGAUUUCUCUAUUUCAUUUAAAACGAUAGUUUUGCAUAAAAUAAACAAACCUAAUUGGUUAUUUUAAUUGUUGUUAGGAUGAGCUCUAAAGUUGCUCUUAAAUGAAAUGCAAUAUGGAAACAGCGUAUAUUCAAUGCAUCAUUCAAUACCUAGUUGGGUUAUUUCAGUUAGAAACUUCAUAGAAUAUUACGCGUUUAUUACGAUAGUGUGAUUUCACAAUAAUCUUUUCAGUUUCAUUCAACAACUGAUGGUUUGACUUCUAAUUGAUCUAUUGGUUUACAUAUGACCUAUUUAAAUCAUUUGACAGUUGAUGUAAAACGUCCUUCAUUUAUAUAUUCAUCUGAUUAUUAAGUGGAUUAUGUUAGUUUAGUUAACUUUUAAGCGCUUUACAAGUACAUGAUUUCGAAGAAUACACAGACCGUAGAGCAUAUUAUUUAAGUCUAAACUAUAGAUGAAGAAAACACCAAUGAAAUAUGUGAUGUUUCAGGAGAUUUUUUUAAUGGGUAUGUAUAUGUGGAAUCAUUACAGAAUAAUAUCUGUACUCCUUUAUUACUUAAUACUGUAUGCUUUGUGAACAGUAUAUCAAAUUGGUUGAUUUAUUAUUCACAACACAUUCUGGCUAGUCAAGACAAAUAAAUCCAUCAAUAAGACAAUAAACCUGAAUCGUUAGUAUGGAUCACACAAAUCAAAAUGCAGCUUAGCCAAAGACAUGAUGUUAAUUUAUAUAGGCAGUUUGAAGCAUAAUUUUAUAAAGUUGCUGAAUGUUAACAUAAGCUACAUGAAGGAAUGUAGGCUACCUCCAUAUGAUGUAGAAAUAAUUGUUUGUAGAUGUUAAGGGACAAGGCAGAAAAGAUCUCAGUAUCUAUUAUUUCCUUAUUGUGUCCUCAUUCUGUUAGUUUUUUUCCCGUCGGUGAACAACAGAUAAUUUUGACAGAAAGUUUGGAUCAGAUUCACAUUCGAAGCAGUAGUCUUCGGUACUUAUAAAAAUAUUUUACAUUUUUAUCACCAUUUCAGUCUUCAGAAUUUCCUGUUUGUCUGUCUGCAUAACACCCUACCUGAGGUUAAUGCUGAGAUGAAUAAAUAAGAUAUAAAUCAUGUUAGAGUGUCAUGAAGUAUUUUUAUUGCUAUACUUGAUGUUAUCAUCAUGCUUUCAGAAGGAAUUUUGUCUUAUUGAUUUGUUAAUAUUACAUCCUGAUGGAUGUAAAGUUCAAUCACCUGCUAACAGUGUCACUUUCAGUGUAUGAAACAACAUCCAGCUGUCAGUAACUGACAGUUGUAUGGAACCGAGAAAUGAUCUUUAUGUUAGCGGUAAUGAUAGGAAAUAUGCAAAUUCGAUCUUACAGAUAAAUUGAAAGUUGGAUAACCGUUUUCGUCGUUCAACAAACCAGGCAAGAAACCGGGUGAAGGUACAAGGAAACUGGUCAAACUAAUUACCUUGAGCUUAGACAUCUUAAAUAUUAUAUUAGAAGAAAUUAAAUGUUUGGAUCUAUCGAUAAAAAUUCUGAGACAUACAGGCAAAAUCUACAUAGAACGUCAUACAGAACUGUAUCGGUUAGUAUUUCCACAUUUCACAGUAGCAUACAAAGAACAAGAGGAGAGAAAAAAAGUAGUAUCAGAAUAGAGGAAGGUGUAUGAGAGGAGAUGGAAUUUGGAAAUGAAGAAGGUUAGUAAAAAAAUACUCAACCUUUAGAAGACAUCAGAAGAUCUGCACCACUGUGACCAAUUUUCAGCUAUCUUACCAAGAUGUCAUCUUCCGACCCUAAACAUGUAGACCACCUGUGUCUACACGGCUCAAACUAAUAAUCAAAAACUCCAUGGAUUGGUGCCACGUUUUGCUUUGGUCACCCUCAACUUGAUUGCUACUUAAUCUAAAUUUCUGCUAACACUCCUAAACUUGGAUUUACGCCAAAGUUCACUCAAAGCCGAUAUGUUAUCAAUAUGCACCAUUUUUGUCUAUCUUAUCAUGUUAGUGUGGAAUUUAAAUUCAUUGAUUUGUAAUAUGAAUUACUAAUAUGAUGUACAACUUUUGCUUUGAUAUGUUAAAAUCCAAAUUUUAUUUCCCUCUCAUUGCUUAGUUUUCCCAGCAUUCAGCGAAGGCACUAUAUUUCUACCUUUCAACUGGUAUUCCUUAACUUAUAGCAUUCCCUAACAAUAAAUUUUAAAGAAAAUUCUUUUAUCUUUAUUUUUAGACUUCUGGAAAUAAUGAAACUGAAUCGGAUAAUUAAAAUGAUGGAAACAAUCAUGAUUAAUGAUUAACAUUCUACUUUCUUCAUUGUCAUCAUCAUCAUGACUAUCAUAAUUAAAUCAGGUUUAUUUUUUAUAACAGUAGGAUAAAUUUGUCCAUGGUGAACUUUGAUAACAAUAAUCAGAGGAAUAUACUGCUAAUCUAUUUUUUUUUUCGUCUAAAUUCUUUCGAUUGAUUAUUUUACAUUGAACUAUUUUCAUUUUUUUAUUCUGAAGAAAAUAUACACAGUU